UCGUCGCCGUUGAGCUUUGUGACGCCGUACUCGGGCAAAGGCGGUACGGGCGCGUUGCGAUGACGUAGGGGCGGGCGUCUACGUCAAAACAGUCCACGACUCCGCGCCAGUAACGCGUCUUGGCAGCUCCUCGCCCACCGACGGGACGUUUGGCAAACACGACAGCGGUGGCCCUCCCGCCAUGGGACCAGAGCGAGUUUUCCCACCUUGCGAGGAUGACGACAAGAGCCCGCAUGAUGGAGACGCAGUCGGAGCGGCGGCGUGGAGCGGCGGCGAGGAGGAUCAGGAGGGCGAGGGACCGGCCCAAGAGGUGCCCGCAGAUGAGGACGGGGGGGCGGGCUACUCCUACCAGCCCCUGAGUCAGGACGGGGACGACGCCGCGCGGGACGGGAAUCUCCAGCGGAGGAUGGAGGUGAUGGGUUUGCACCUCCCCGAGGCCCCGUCCUCCGACAGCGACGAAGACGACCCCGACGGCACGGCCGCCGAGAGGAGCCGCGCCUCCAUCCCCAUGGAUGCCGCCCACGUGGAGCUGGUGAAGAAGACCAUGGCGGCGGUGGCUCUGCCCUCGCCGGGCGUGCCGGCGUGGGCGCGGGAGAUCUCCGACGACCAGUGGGAGGACGUCGUUCGGCGCACGCUGAGCGACCGUCGGGCCGCCGCCGGCCUGCGGCGCGCCGGCCUCGACGCCACCUGAGGAAGAGCCUGCCUUGUGCUCUUUGAUGUUCCACCUGGCUAACGCGCACGUGACAAACAUCAAGAUUGACUGAGCUUCCUUUGAUGAGUUAGUGUGUUUCAUCCACUUGAUUUUCUCUUGUCUCUGUUUGCAUUUGAUGCUAACAUGUUGCGGCCAAACAACACACACACACACACACACACACAAAAUGAACACGUGGUAAAUGUCAUGCGUUAACAUGCUAAGAUUGACUUCUGGGUCAGGUGACCGGCAGAUUGCAUCUUCCAAAUCAAAGUUAACAGGUACACACACACACAUAUACAUCUAUAGAUAGAUUAGAUUCGAAAACAGGCCAGAGACUCUGCCAGUGAGCGACCAGCGGAAGGAAUUGCUCAAUUUUGCCGGGCCACAUGUGCCACAAUCAAACUUGUCACAUUCAAAUGAGAAACUCGGCACGUUACGAUGUGAUGCUUAAUACGUUCCGAUCACGUUC